AUGAGUGACCACAAACCUGCAGCGCUCUGUUCCCCCACCAACCCCACAAACCUGCAGCGCUCUGUUCCCCCACCAACCCCCCAAACCUGCAGCGCUCUGUUCCCCCACCAACCCCCCAAACCUGCAGCGCUCUGUUCCCCCACCAACCCCCCAAACCUGCAACGCUCUGUUCCCCCACCAACCCCCCAAACCUGCAGCGCUCUGUUCCCCCACCAACCCCCCAAACCUGCAGCGCUCUGUUCCCCCACCAACCCCCCAAACCUGCAGCGCUCUGUUCCCCCACCAACCCCCCAAACCUGCAGCGCUCUGUUCCCCCACCAACCCCCCAAACCUGCAGCGCUCUGUUCUUCCUUUGAACCACCAGCUUCCCUCCCUCCCCUCGCCUACACACCAACCAAGCUCCCACCGCUUGCUCCUGUCUCCAGCCAGCUGAUGGCACGUGGGGGGGGAGAGGUGUGUGGGGAAGGGGGGCAGCGGAGCAAGACAAUAUGUCUUCCAGGCGCCUCGAUAGUUCUCUCCGCUGCUUGCUGCAGGGCUCUGUUCUCCUGGGUGGGCAGCCAGCUGAUGGCACGUGGGGGGGGAGAGGUGUGUGGGGAAGGGGGGCAGCGGAGCAAGACAAUAUGUCUUCCAGGCGCCUCGAUAGUUCUCUCCGCUGCUUGCUGCAGGGCUCUGUUCUCCUGGGUGGGCAGCCAGCUGAUGGCACGUGGGGGGGGAGAGGUGUGUGGGGAAGGGGGGCAGCGGAGCAAGACAAUAUGUCUUCCAGGCGCCUCGAUAGUUCUCUCCGCUGCUUGCUGCAGGGCUCUGUUCUCCUGGGUGGGCAGCCAGCUGAUGGCAUGUGGGGGGGGAGAGGUGUGUGGGGAAGGGGGGCAGCGGAGCAAGACAAUAUGUCUUCCAGGCGCCUCGAUAGUUCUCUCCGCUGCUUGCUGCAGGGCUCUGUUCUCCUGGGUGGGCAGCCAGCUGAUGGCACGUGGGGGGGGAGAGGUGUGUGGGGAAGGGGGGCAGCGGAGCAAGACAAUAUGUCUUCCAGGCGCCUCGAUAGUUCUCUCCGCUGCUUGCUGCAGGGCUCUGUUCUCCUGGGUGGGCAGCCAGCUGAUGGCACGUGGGGGGGGAGAGGUGUGUGGGGAAGGGGGGCAGCGGAGCAAGACAAUAUGUCUUCCAGGCGCCUCGAUAGUUCUCUCCGCUGCUUGCUGCAGGGCUCUGUUCUCCUGGCUGAUCCAAGAGAGGGACUACUCGAAUCCCGAUAUCAGCUCCGCGGAUCAGCUGACUACUCACCUUCGGAUCAGCUGCCUACUCACCUUCGGAUCAGCUGCCUACUCACCUUCGGAUCAGCUGACUACUCACCUUCGGAUCAGCUGCCUACUCACCUUCGGAUCAGCUGACUACUCACCACGGAUCAAGGAGGACAGGCUCGGCGGCACGUGGGCAGUGGGGGGAAGAGAGGGAUGCAAGAGUGAGAAACAGAGAGCGCUGCAGCCUGCUGAAUUGACUUUUGAGUCGACUCAAAAGUCAAGGAGGACAGGCUCGGCGGCACGUGGGCGGCACGUGGGCGGCACGUGGGCGGUGGGGGGAAGAGAGGGAUGCAAGAGUGAGAAACAGAGAGCGCUGCAGCCUGCUGAAGCACGCAACACUGCUUGCUUGCUGCAGCGAUUUGCUCUCCUGGGUGGGCCGCAUCGCAAGCUGAUGGCACGUGAGGGAGGAGUGGGAGACAGCAUGGAGUAA